AUGAGGGCGGCGAGCAUCAGGACGGGCGAAGAGGACGGGGCACCUCCUGCCGCCGACCGCGCGGCGAGUGAGGACCGCGACCGGCAGCUGCGCGAACUCCAGCUGCAGCUCGACCUCUGGCGGCGGCUGGCAGAGCCCGCCACUGGGAGCGCCGUUCCUGAGCCGGGCGCCGGCCUCGGCGGCGGCGACCCCGCCGGGCGCCCGCGGUCGCCGCCGCCAGGGCGGCGCGCCCCGCCGCGGCAGGAGGGGCCCGCCGCCUCGGAGGGCCCGCGGGCGGCAGUGAUCAGCCGCGCCGGCGGGGUCGUGUGGGGGAGGGCCCCGAGCGCCAGGGGGUUCGGCGUGGAGGACAGGGAGAUCCAGGAGCUGCAGAGAAGCCUCGAGGCGGCUAGGCAGGAGGCGAGGGCGUUCGACUGCCCGCCGGCAGCGGAGCUGAGGCCGCCCGCCGCCUCUCCGCCAGGCGCCGCCGCCGAGGCCCUCCCCUGGUCGGAGUCCCUGGCGUCGGCACCGGCGCCGAGGAUGCUGAUCGCCGAGAAAGACGGGGAGAUCCAGGAGCUGCAGCGUCGCCUCGAGGCGGCCAGGCGCGAGACGAGGCCGCCCGAGAGCGUGCCAGCGCUGGGGCCGAGGCCCGCCGCGGCCCCGCCGGCGCCGUCGCAGCCCCGCUGGCCGGAGUCCCCUGUGGCGGUGCUCGCCGACAAGGACCGGGAGAUCCAGGAGCUGCAGCGCCGCCUCGAGGUGGCCAGGCAGGAGGCCAGCGCAGUCGACCGCGCGCCGGCGCCUGUGCAGAGAUUCGCAGCUGCCCCGCCCAGCGGCGGUGCCGCCGCGGCUCCCCGCAGGCCGGAGUCCCCCGCCGCGGUGCCGGCGCUGAGCACCUCCGCGGCCGACAGGGAGCAGGGGAUCCAGGAGCUGCAGCGCCGCCUCGAGGUGGGCAGGCCGGAGGCAAGGGCGCCCGGCUGCGCGGCGGCGCCCGACUUGCGGCCCGCCGCGGCCAUGCCGGAGCCGCUGCAGCCCUGCUGGCCGGGCUCCCCCGCGGCGACCAGCGGGCCGCGGCCCGCCGCGGCCCCGCCGGCGUCGUGGCAGCCCCGCUGGCUGGAGUCCCCCGUGGCGCCGGCGGGUCCGGGCCACCCGCUGCGCGCCGAGGGCGAGGGCCCGUGGUGCCGGGGCGGCGGGGCGGCGUCGUGCCCCGCCUCGCCAGCGCCCUACGCGGCGAGCGCGGGGGCGGAGGUGGCGCGCGCGCGGGCCGCUGCGCGGGGCGCUGCCGCCGUCGCGGCGGCGGCCGGCGGGAGGCCGCCCGCCAUGGGGGGCGCCGUGCCACGGCCCCCUAAGGUGUUCUGGUCGAUGGAGUGCGGGGAGGCCGGCUCGCCCCACGGGCCCGCCGCUUCCGCGCUUCUGCAGGAGGGAGCGCGCCGCGAGCGGCGGCUGGAGGCCGAGAGGAGGGAGCAGGCGCUGGAGAUCGACAGGCUGAGGAAGCUGCUGGAGGGGGAGCAGGCGCGCCGGCUGCUGGAGCUGGCGGCGGAGGAGGCCAAGCGGGAGGACGGCGAGGACGACCAGCUGGUCCAGUCGCUGGCCGCGGCCGCGCGCGAUGCCUCGAUCCAGGAUGCGGAGCUGCACGAGCUCGCCUUCUGCGCUCGGACGCAGGCCACCGGCUCGGACGCGGCAGCGAGGCAGCUGCGCGAGGCGCGGGCAGAGGCCGAGAGCGCCGCGGCCGACGCGGCCGAGACACGGGCCCGGCUCCGGGCCGAGGAGGGCGCCGCCGCCGAGCGGGGGGCCCUGGCCGAGCGGCUGCGGGGCGAGGCGGCCCAGGCGCGGCUCGAGGCCGAGAGGGCCGCGGGCGACGCGGCCGAGACACGGGCUAGGCUCCAGGGCAGCGAGGCGGCCCUCGCAGAGGGGAGCGCCUUGGCCGAGCGGCUGCGUGGCGAGGCGGCCCAGGCGCGGGCAGAGGCCGAGAGGGCCUCGGCCGACGCGGCCGAGGCGCGGGCCCGGCUCAAGGGCAGCGAGGCGGCCCUCGCCGAGCGGGACGGCCUCGUCGACCGGCUCGAGGGCGAGGUUGCGCAGCAGCGGUCGGAGCUGCAGGGCCUGCGGCAGUCGCCGCCUGUUCCCGCUGGGAGGCGAGACAGCAGCGGUAGCAGCCGGGCUGCUGGCGAGAGACACACCCGCGUUCGGGCAGCCGGAGCCCCUGCAGAGGCUCCCCGCGGAGGCGGGCGGGGCGGACCAGCGCGGCACGCCCGCAUUCGGGGAGCCGGAGCCCCAGAGGGGCCCGACAGAGGGCGCUGGCGGCGAUCGGGCGCCCGUUCCGCCGUCCGCGCCGCCAGCCGCGCAGCAAAUGCCAACACAGGACAGACUACGUCUCGCAGGGCGGCGACGCUCUGGACAAGAAGCUAG